AUGGAAGUUGAUAUUCCUGUUAAUAAUACUGAUCAACUAAAUCUUUUACCAUCUAUUAAAGACCAAACCCUACCAGAAUCUGAACAAAAUAGUAAAAAACUAGAUAUUGUGGAUGUUAAACCAAUAUCAACACCUACUUCUAACUUUACAGAAUUUUAUGAUGAAAAAGAAAAACUUAUUUCAGUAAUUAAUUCAAUACUUAUAUUACUGCCCAAAUCACAAAGCUCAAAAUAUACUAACUUAAAAAAUAAGACAAAAACUACACUAUUAACAAUCUUACAAGAAAUUCAAGAAUUAAAUAAUCUUGAUAAGGCUGUCGGUGAUGAUGAU